GGUGUAUUACUCACAAUGAGUCUUAUUAUUGAGAAAAAGGACGACAACUACGUAAAACUUAUUUGGCCUGUCAAACUUUGUCAAAGUUUUGCUAAAAAUUAUUACUCAGAUCAAUUUAGGAUUGAUAAUAUCAACAACGUUAGUUUUAGUAUGAAAUUAGAACUAGGUGGUUCAUCAUUAAAACCAACUUUUAAUUUGUCGGUACGAAAAUCAAAUUCAGAACCAGCGUACGCUGUAGUUAAAGUGAUGAUCGGAAAUUUUUUGAUAAAUCAAUCUCAUGAAUGGAUAUCUUCAUGUUACUUUAGUGACAUAAUUAUCCCAAAAGGUGUUGAAAUAAUUCCUCAAUUCACUGUUUAUAGUUUUGGCAUUACGUGCGAAAUAUUUUGGAAAAGUACUCCAACAAUCAGCCUUGAUAACAAUCUUUACAACGAGAUGCGGAAAUUCUACAACUCGGAAGAACUCAGUGAUGUUACAAUCAUUGUUGACGAGACCAAAAUUCCAGCGCAUAAAGUCGUUUUAGCCGCUCAAAGCGAAGUAUUCGCAAAAAUGCUGCAAUCUGAAAUGAAAGAAGCUAAGGACGGUGAAAUAAAUAUUAAAGAUCAUGAUCCAGAAAUAAUUCUUGAAAUGUUGCAUUAUUGUUACAGGGGAGCAACGAAGGCAAGAUAUAAUAUCGAAAUAGCUUUGCAGAUGCUUGAGGUAGCCAAUUACUACCAAAUAAUGAAACUCAAGGAGAUUUCUAAGUCGACGUUGAUGAACAAUAUGUCAGUUGAUAAUGUUAUCAGAAUAAUUGACACCGCUGAUAACUAUGACGCUGUGGAUUUACGCCAGAAAGCUAAGGAAUUUAUUAUUGCUCAUUGUAAAGAAUUAUUUCCAUCCAAUGAAUUCCAGGAGCUGUUUUUUAGAAAACAAAAACUGAUGCUUGAAAUUGUUCGAGCUCUCGGCGAUAAGUAAAAUAACAACUUUAUUAAAAUUCAAUUUUUUAUAUAAGUUUGCGAUCAAGUUAUUCUA